AGGCGCCCACCGGGAUCUAACAUCGUGGCCUCUUCCAACAACAACCAUCAAUCGUCUACACCAUCAUUCGGCGGUUCGUGGGGUCCCUACAACAAGGCGGACCACCUAGUCACCAACUGAAUGCUGGGCGGUCUGUCGGGACCCGGUCCGCCGCCCCCACCACCCCCCGCAUCCUCCUAUGGCAUGGUGCCAGGCCCGUCGACCUCGUUCACCAACCAUCUGGGUCCCACGACGUCAUCCGCGUCUACAGUACCACCGACGAGUGACGCGUUGCUCCUGCAACUCCGUUCGAGACCCAAUUCUCGCGUUUUUCGCGCCCUUUUUCAAUAUCUACCGUUAAGGGAUUCGCCGAACGAGAAUCCACAGCUCGAGCUGAGCCUUCAGCCGGGAGAUGUGGUUCUGGUGAAAGGGGAAAUGGAUUCGGAUGGAUUUUAUUGUGGGGAAACGCUGGAUGGACGUCAGGGACUGGUACCAUCAAAUUAUGUAGAGAGAGUUCCGGAUUCAGUGCUCCUGGCAAAUGCACGGGCUCCAUCACCAUCAUUCCCGCUUCGAAUACCCCAACAUUUCUCGACAAUCACACACGACUUCUCCUCUCCGGAUCACUCAACACUACCCGAUUCUGUUUGCCCUUACCCACCAGCUGACGUCACAAAAGUUACUGUACAAGAGAUCAAGAACAACGAAACGCCUAGGAUACCAUGCCCUCGAGAAUUAAUAGUGGAAAAGAAGUUAUCACGUAGCGCCCUAGUUUCAUGGAGUUCGCCGGAAGAGUCCUUUGUCGCCGUUUCCCAAUAUCACGUGUGUGUCGAUGGAACCGUUAGAGCAAUUGUACCCGGAAGUUAUAAAUGUCGCGCUUUGGUAGAGGAUAUCCCAUUAGAAUCAUCCGUUAAUUUAUCGGUUCGAGCAGUCACCGAACAUGGACAUUCGCCGGAUGCUUGUUGCACAAUAGCCAUAGGAAAUGAAGCCCAAGUAGCACCGCAACAAGUCCGUGUAUGGCAAGUAACCCCAGUUUCUGCGUAUGUCCGAUGGUAUCCAUCGAACAGCAAUGCGGAGCACGUCGUCUCACUGAAUGCUGUAAAAGUUGGCGUUUGUCCCCCAACUGUCUUUCAAGUUCAACUACACGGUCUACAACCUUCGACAAUCUAUCGGGUAUCAGUACGCACAAAACAUCCUAAAGCAGUGUUGGAGCAGCGUCCAGUUGAGAGAUGUGUCGAUUUUAAGACGCUGCCGAAAAUCGGUUUGCCGGACCCCCCUUCAAACGUUCAAGUGGAAGGCGGAGCCCAGCCAGGCACACUUCUAGUCUCCUGGAUACCGGUUACCAACCAGCCAAAGCCACCCUCUAGAGCCGCAGUCGCAUCGUAUUUGGUCUACGCGGACGGGAAAAAUAUUGCUCAAGUGCCACAAGCAACAGCGGACCACGUUGUGCUGCGGCUCGCGGAUCUCUCUGACGAUCCGCCGGUCUUCAUCACAGUUCGCACGAAAACGAAAGAAGGUGCCGUUUCGUCGGAUUCCAACGUGACACGUGUGCCACGUAAUCAGAACGCCGCGCCUCCGCCUCCGCCGCCGCCGCCCACGCAAAUCGGAAAUCAAUCGAUCAUUCCAGUGGUGGACCCGAGUCGAUUGCCACUCGUCGAUAUGACGUCAUCAUACCCAUCAUAUCAACAACAACAAACGCUCACUAAUUCAAUGUACAUGCCAAUCGUCACCUCUACCGGUGCAGCGGUCCCACUUACCAAUGGACAUCACCACGUGGCAACUAGUGCUCCAAGCUCCGCCCCUUUCACAGCUCCGGCUCGAAUGAUCGGAGCAACUGGAUUGAUGAGCUAUCAACCGACAAGUUAUGCGGCAAAUUUGCAAAAUUCUAUGCAACAAUCGGCGCCGAACAGCGGGCACAGUGGAUAUGCAACUUUUGAUCGGUCGGCAUCGCUCGGAGCCCAACCCCAAGCCACUUCAAUAUUGCUCGGCGGUGGCGCAGCUCCACGGCCGUCUUCUGUCGGACAAAACCAAUCUGCGUGGAAAGCGCAGCAGCCGGCGCAAAUGUCGCAGUACUACACGUUUCAUCCGAGUUUUUUGCACACUGAGCCAUCCGGAGCAAAUGAGCCAAGACCGUCGGUGCUGGAAAUGGAAAAUAGCUACCUAAUGCGUCACCGACAAGCAGCAGACCACUGGGCAAGUGCUCCAGACGCUCGAGCCCGAAUCGAAGCCUACUCCCGCGGGCUCGCCCGAGCCGGCUCCGCAGACGACCGGAUGGUGCCCAUGUCAACUCGACAACAACCUCAGCUCCAACGGUUAAUAGCAGCCGGCUCUCGGGCUCCGUUGGCUCGGGUAAAAUCUGAAACUGGCGGGUUUGGGACACGAUCGGAGCCAGAUUUGCGGCCGCCCACGCUGGAUUCAGAUGAGUGUCGGUGGUUUGUCGCGUUGUUUGACUAUACGGCAGCAAUGUCACCGAAUCCGAAUGCGGAAUUCGAGGAGUUACAGUUCCGGAAACAUCAACUUAUUAAGGUGUACGGUGGCCAAGACAUUGACGGAUUCUAUCACGGAGCCAUCGGGCAGAGAGUUGGAUUAGUUCCAUCAAAUAUGGUAAUUGAGAUAGCUUCUGAUGAUAUUGGCAAACGACGGACCACCACAAACCCGGCUCCACCACCGCCGACGGCUCCGGAGCCGGCGCUGCGGCGGCAACGGUGGGGGAGCCUGAAGUCGAGGAGUUACGAUUAUGCUGGAGAGGGAAGAGCACCUAGGGAACGACCUCACCACCCGAACUACGUCUCCCUGGACCGUCGUGACGAUCGGGACCGCGACCGCGAGGGCCGGUACCGGCGCGCGGGGAGCUCCUACGAGUACCGGCGGCUGCCGGAGCGGGAGAAGGAGUACGAGGGGACCUAUAGGAGACGGCAACUGGAGACAAGGGAUCCACGAGAUCCUAGGGAUCCUCGAGACGACGGCUACGAGGACGAAGGGUACCGGGACAAGUACCGGGACCGCUACGACCGCCGGCACCCCAUGGAUCGGGAGCGGGAGCCCCGCUACCCACCAUAUGAACCUCCAUACCGUGGAGAAAAAUACGAGAAAUACCGCGAACGGCCGAGGAUGGAAGAUAUGGAGUUCCCGAGCAAUGGACCCCAUGGCUCAGCCCAACAGCAACCCCAUAGCCUUCAGAACGGACCCCGUAACACCUACGGUAUGGAUCAGAUGACACAGCAAAUGUCCCAUAUGUCGACUCAAGGAUCCAUGGCUCAAGGCUCCAUGGGCCAGGGCUCCAUGAGCCAAGGCCCCAUAGGUAUCCCCAGCUCAAGUGGCAUCGGCGGAAUGGGCGGUGCCGGCAAUCAGGAAAUGUAUAUGAAUGGUGGUAUGGGUACCAUGGGUACCUCAAUGACCUCUCAAGCUGCUGCUGCUUCGGGAGCCCAGAAAAUGGCGCGAAUGGUUGCAAAGUUUGACUACGAUUCCAGGCAGCUGAGCCCGAAUGUCGAUGCGGAGCAGGUCGAGCUAUCAUUCCGUCAAGGUGACAUCAUAAUUGUGCUUGGCGAUAUGGACGAAGACGGCUUCUACAUGGGAGAGCUGAACGGCCUGCGCGGCCUAGUCCCGUCCAACUUCCUCCAGCCGCAGCCCCUCAACAAUCUACUUCCGUCGCAACCGACCGAGCCAAUGCGGAAAGGUGUCGCGUUCUCGGAUACACAGCAAAUGAUGAGAAAACCAAUCCGUCAAUCAUCACAAACCAGCGCCGGACCAUCACAAGGCUCCAGCGGAGGCCUUGCAGGCGCGGUGGCGAGCGCCGCCGCCGCCAGCGGAGGCAUAAAACCGGUGGCGAAGAAGAGCUCGGCAGGAAGCGCCGGCGCCGGUGCAAAACCUCUGACGAAGAAGACCAGCGACGUUGGAAAGUCGUCUGCUCCAAACGCUCGAAAAACUAGUACAGCUGUCAAGAAGGCGGAUACCGGUGCAAAGAAAAAAGGAUAACCCGACAUCUGGACAUCCGGAAAUAUGGAAAUCCCCUCAAUUUUCACAAAAUUUCACUUAAAAAACACACAACUUUUUCCCUUAUUUAUUAUAUUUAACAAUUUUCAAAUUAGAUAAUUUUUAUAAUUUAAUUUAUUGAUUUUUUAUUUAAAAUUUCAAAAAUCCUUAUUUAAAAAUCCCGCUGAAAAAAAUAAAAUAUAGGCGAAUUUCUCUUGAUCUCACUCUCUUUUCCACCGAACAAAAGCUCAUAAUUUGUGCAUUUUUAUUGAUUUUUGAUUUUUCCCCCCAUUUUCCCUAACAAAAUUUGUGAUACUAUGCCUAAUUUAUGCGCUUUUUUGCGCAAUUUUCCCAUUUUGAGAAAAAUCGAUAUUUAUUGAUUUUUUAAUUUAUUAAUUUAUAAAGAUUUUUAAUAUGAUU